CACUUUCUCUCUCCUUCGUCACAACUCCAUCUCGAGACUCCUCGACUACUCUAACUCGUCGUGCUCACGCACUCGCGCACUCGCACACUCGCACACUCGCACACUCGCACACCCAUGUCCACCGGACUCGCACACACACCAACACCCCCCACUGCCACCAUGUCCCGCCCCGCCUCCCGCGCCAUGAGCGUGUCCGCCGCCCACGCACUCCACUUCCAGAUCCCCAAGAUGCCCACACCCACCCCGCCCUCGCUUCUCAAGCGCCAGCUCUCCAUCUCGCCGCGCAUGACCCCGCGCCCCACGUCCCCCGCGACACCGGGCUCGCGCCGCACCGAGGUGCCGCCGCGCAGUCCUACGCGCCCACGCCCGUCGCCCACCCCCGCGGCAGUCGAAGUCAACGAGUUUGAGGCGACGUUUCGCGCCGCACGGCCCGUGUCUGCCGCCGCGACCUAGCGAGCGACAGUGAACGAACGAGCGGGCGAAUACACGACUCUUUUUUUGGGAUUUCUUUGGGCUUUGGGACACGCACAUCAACACACUGUACUAUAUCAAUCAUGGCAUUACGAGGGCAACGAGGGCAACGAGGGCCGGCGGGCGCGAGCAUACGACGGCACGAAGAUUACGCAACUGUUGGGCACAGGUCACAUAUAGUCACUAUACAUGUUAGACGGUAUCAUGUGCA